AUGUCGGUGGUGAAUUACUUUUUCGCCAGCUGGGAUCCCAAGACUGGCGACAUCAUCCCCGAUGGCAGAGGCAGUGAGAUGUUCGACGUUCAGGUGAUCCUUGCCAACAUCGUCAAGCAGGACACCUUCUUUGUGGACAGAAACUUCGGGGCCUCCACCAGCGAGCUGCAGACCAUGCUCCAGGGAAACGUAACGAGGAGCGUCUUCCGCUUCGGGCUCCCAUACCCAGGCUACUCAGGGCCAGAGGAUCGGCAUGCUGAGCAGGCGCAAAUAUUUCGAGCGUUUGUUGCGGACGAGCUCUUUCCAUACCUUCAACAUGCCUCCACCGAUGACUUGAAAGUGUACUUCUACGGUGACCACAUAUCCCAAUACGAGAUCCAGAGCACCGCUUGGAGCGACGCCGGAAAGGCGACUGGCUCAUUCCUGUUUAUUUUGAUGUAUCUCGUGGUCUACCUGAGAUCGCCUUGCCUCGCUCUCGGGGCGUUCUUCUGCAUCUCGCUGUCGUUCCCGCUCGCGUACGCGGUGUAUUGUAUGGUCUACGGACAUGAUCAAAUGAUUGCGAUAAAUGUUCUAUCUCUGUUCGUCGUUAUGGGGGUCGGGGCUGACGAUGUGUUCGUAGUGAGCGACGUAUGGCACCACUCGCGCUGCCAUGGAUGUGGCGAGAUGGCUCUGGCGCGGCGCUUCUGGUCCAUGUGCCGCAAGGCGGGCGCCGCGAUCUUCGCCACGUCGGCAACCACUGCGGUAUCGUUCUUUGCGAAUUUGGCCAGCUCGAUCGGCCCGCUGCGGCAGUUUGGGUUCUUCAUGGGGACCUGCAUCACGGUGAACUGGGUGGUCGUUGCCACCGUUUACCCUCUCAUGCUAGUGGUGCAUGAGAGGCGCCGCUACGGCGCUGGUCAGGGCAGCCCGGGAUUCGCUGCGAUGGUGGCGGAGGGCGCGAUGGAGAUGCAGGAGAGCCUGGUGAGCCGUGGCGGCAGCGUCGCCGUCGAGGAGACGGAGAAGCGCCUGCCGACGCCGCCCGAGAAGUGCGGCGGCCUGCGCUGGCGCCUCGCCGUGUGCUUAGUAUCCGCGGCUGGCCUUGUGAUUCCGGUGGGGGCCCUUGCGGCCUCCGUGAAGAACAUCCGGCCCUCCAGCGGCGUGCCGCAGUUCUUCCCCGAGGGGAGCAACCUCGGUGACCUUCAGGCGCUCCAGAGCCGCUUCGGCCCCGAGAACACGGUCCACAUGGCGGCCUUCUCCUCCAGAGGGGAUGGUGCCGAUGCCCCCAGGAUCUCGGGCUCCAUCCUCUCGCAGGCUGCCUCGCCAGCUCCGGUGCCACCGUCGCAAGGACACCUGCCCAGAUCGCCACCUGCGACCUCGACCUCCCCAAAGACCACCCAGCGGCCCUCGCACGUGGUGUCCUCGACGAGGGGGCAUGCGCCAGCAACGCAGCACCCAGCGCAUACGGCGUCAGCACGGCCAACACAUCUUCGGCUCCCUCGACAACGCCGUCAGCACACGGCAGCAUCCAGCCAGCAGAAGAUUUCGAGGUUGCGCUGGAGGUCCAGGGCCACUCGGAGACGGAGGUCGAGGUCUUCAGCGAAGUGUUGCGCAGCAGUCUUGCGUCGAAGUUCGGCGUUCCCCCAGAGGACAUCGACAUCGACGUUCACCAGGAAGCUGCGAGGGCCGCACCCCCUGUCGACGGGCAGCCCAGCAUCUCUCAGCAGCUGCUGUCCUGGCUGGAGGGGCGACGGCUGA